AUGGGUCGUGGCAAAAAAUGGCGCCACGAUGAGGACAUGAGUUUGGCCGCGGCGUAUGCUGGUGUGGCGUCUGAAGGGGUGAAAGAAGGACCUUUUUUUUGGGACUCAGUGCGCAGUCGAGUUCAAAGCAUGAGAAGUGUGCGCGCUCUGCGGAACCGAUGGGUCCUCAUGUCACACGAGGUGAAGGUGUUUGUGCAGUAUUUGGAUCGGAUUGAAGCUCAAGGAGUAAGUGACAAAAUGGCAGCAGUGGAGAGAGCAAUGAGCAACUUUCGAGAGACACAAGGAAGAGGCUUUGAGUUUGUGAGCUGCUGGGAGAUUGUGCAGAAAUGCCACGAGAUUAGAAGAGGAGGAGGAGGAAGUGGUGGGCAGGCAGAGGAAACGGAGGAGGAAGAAGAGAUGGAGGUCCCACAAGUUGAUACAUUAGCGGUAGAGACAGCUGAGAAUGCAGAAUGUGAGGAACAACAUGAGGCUGAUGUUGGUGUUCCAACUGAGAAGGAGGAAAACGCAAAGUCGGCGACGAACUCGAGUAUUCCAAAUAGAGCUGAAAGUCCCAGGGUAACACCGGCAUCGAUGGAUGACUUGACCUUUGUACAGCAGCAGCUUGCAAGUGAGAUGCGUCGGAAGAAUGACCUGCAGGAGGAUGAGCUAGCGUUGAAGUUGUUUAGUGAGGGACGAGAAUCGGACGAGUCGCAGCGAUUCUUUAAGCUGCUGAAAAGGAAGAAGUUGUUGUUGUUGGAGAAAGAAGUAGACGCACUGGAACUCGCGCAGCAUCGUCCGAGACAGCUCUCCAUGCCCGUGACGUGCGGCCUUGUACGAUGGUCUCCGUGUGGUCGAUACGUGGCCGUAGGCAAUGGCAAUCGCCUGAUAAUCCGGGAUGCAAAGUCGCUGCAGAUUGUCCAGCGUUACUCAACGAUUGAUGUGAUGCAAUCGCUGGCCUGGUCUAAGGAUUCGCAGUUUGUGCUCACGGCCAUACACAAACGUGCAGUAGUGCAGAUCUGGUCUGUGCAAGACGCUUCCUGGGGCUGCAAGAUGUCGGAAGGUAUUGCAGGAUUAGUCCACGCUAGAUGGACACCUGAUGCACGUCAUGUUAUUACUGUAUCGGACUUUCAAUUGCACGCGACUGUGUGGUCGCUUCAGGACCCAUCAACGAGAUACAUGAUUCGAAAUCCUAAAGUGGCAGUAGAAGGAUUGAGAUUCUCAACCAAUGGGGAGUUUCUCGCAGUUAUCGAACGACAUGACUGCAAGGACUUCAUUGGUAUCUACAGCUCCGAAAGUUGGGAGCUGACGGCACAUUUCUCGAUUGAUAGCUAUGACUGCGUCGAAGUUAUGUGGUCGCCGGACGACGCGGCAAUUGCUGUGCGUGAUACUCACUUGGAGUUUGGGGUGUUUCUCUAUUCGCCCAAUGGCACAUUCCUGGCGAAGUUUCAGGCGUAUCAAAAUGCGUUGGGGUUGAAGACGAUUGCUUGGUCGGCGUCCGGCCAAUUUCUUGCACUGGGGAGCUACGAUGAACACUUGCGCAUAUUAAGUCAUAUUGGUUGGAAGCCAAUCGCUGACUUUGACCACACGAGCAUUGCUAUCACAAGCACCAAUACAAACCAGGCAGCGAUUGAGUACGAAGAGAAUUUUGCGGAUGCCAAUGUCAUGGACCGACCACAAGGUAGGCGCGUUGCGGUGACCCAGCACGGAUCUUCUUUGCUUUCCAACUCUCUACAGGCAGCUUCAGCGGCAGCUCAGGCUGCGGGUGGUAAAAAAUAUCGUGCAAUUUGCUUCGUGCGACGAGAUCCUCCUUUUUCCGUCCGAGCGCUCACGUCUGAUCCAUUGGUAGAAAAUCCCAAGAUUGGUAUCAGCCGCGUUGCGUGGAGUCCUGACUCAGCUUUUAUUGCUACCAAAAGCGAUCAAAUGCCAUACAAUGUGUGGAUAUGGCGCACUGAGAACUUGACGCUUCAUGCGACCAUUUCACUGCUAGAGUUAGUGCGAAGCUUGCAGUGGGACCCUGUACACAUUCGCCUUGCUAUUACAUCGGGAGAAAACCACGUCCAUCUCUGGACUAUGAAGGGCGUGUCAUGGAUUGACAUUCCUAUUGAGUCUUUUCAAGCUCGAGGUCUUCAAUGGGCACCGAAUGGCGAUUCGCUCAUUGUUAUUGGUCGCCAGGAGUUCUGUUCCAUAACACUAUAA